AUGAUUAUCACAGAUUUGUGUUUAGAGACUUUACCGCACGUACCUAAAAUAACAUCAGAGAAGGCCAACUUGAUUGUUCCUGCGAAUACCGCGUACAAUCAUCAGAUUGACGGGUUUCUGGGGUACAGCGAAGAGCUUCUCGAUAUCCUGCAACAGAUUAACGCAUCGACACCAGCAUCUCGGCUAGAAGACUCUUCUAUUGAUGCAGAGACCUUACUGGGCAAGCUGAACGCUAUGAUCAGGCGAGAUGUCAAGUCACCGCCCGGCGUCUCAAUUUCCUCACUUUCGUCACAAUCAGGUCGCGAGUUUGCCCUCUGCAACAAAGUCUUCCAACAAGCAACUCUGAUCCAGCUAUAUCGACAGUUGUAUGACUUGCCUUCGUCAUCACAACCCAUACAGGAUGCUGUUCAGACUAUCAGCGGAAUGAUCAGCAACAUGGCCCAAGGCGAGCCAUGCAACACCUGGGUCGCAAUGGCUAUGCCUCUGUUUACAGUGGGUUGCGAGGCCUACAAAGAGGAACAGAAGACUUUCAUUCUUGAUAAGAUCCAUAAACUUGAGAUUUGUAUUGGCUCGCUGCAUGUCAAGGUGAUUGAGCAAGCACUAAAGGAUAUCUGGAAGAUCAGAGAGGAUUGCAACGAUUUUGAGGGAUAUCUCUGUGCCAGCCAUUUACUAGGUAAGCUCUACUUGAUCGUUCAUCAUGAAACUAGCUGA